AUGACACCGCGCCCUGAAUUCAACCCUCUGCCUGUAUGUCCCAACCCGAUCAAAUGGGACGUAGAAGGACGAAUUGCAGAGCUCCAAGCAAUGAUUGAUAGCUCGGAAACAAAAGAAGACCAGAAAAUAAACCUUCAGGCUGCUAUCAAUUUGUACCACGAGAAGAAGCUCCCCGCCCCCCUCCUCUAUAUUCAAAAGGGCAAAGUUAUCCCCCUUCAGGAUUUUGAUCCCGCAUACCCUUUUUGGGUAGAGGUAAUGCUCCCUUCCUAUAGAUAUCUUAUCCCUUCUAUACAAUCUGCUUACCAGCUUUUCAGCACAUGUCUAAUCCGUGACAUGUACCUACCCAAAUCCCCCUUUUUUAAUACAUAUAUUUUACUUAUAUUUAAGGAAUAUAUCAAAUUCAAAGUCAACUUUAGCAUGCGCCCUUCCGAGCUACCUUAG